AUGCACGACUUACUAAGAGAUUCACCGAGCUCAGCACCGCGAGGUAGCUCUGGCGGCUUCGCUGCAUGCAACCGAGCGGAUUGGGCGGACCUGGAGGAGGCUGCUCGAGCAGGGGAUUUCGACGUCCUCCAAUCGGUGGCAUAUAACAGAGCAUGGAUCACGGGCCAAAGCUAUUGCCGGAGCCGGGCGUCAAUUGAUUCCUGCGAGCCGUAUCUGCAUUCUCUCUGGUGCGUCUAUUAUCAAUGCGCCAGGCAUGUCUCCCACGAAAGCUUUGAGCAAGACAGAUGGGUCCUCGACAUCCUCCGGACGCGGGGACGCGGGCCUCUAACCAGACCGGCACUGGGCGGUGGCAUCGAUAUUGCUAGAACUCCCGAUGGGACAGUCUGGAACGACCUGCCGUUCCUUGCGACGGUCAUGACAGAGUGCUGGAUCAACGACUGCGCGGAAAUGGACUUAAAGCAGCGCCUUAAUGCUGCGUCCUUCCUUGCGAAGCUUGCGUCCACGCGCAUUACGAACGAUAGGCUUUGCCAGAUUGCUCUGGUCCUUUUUCGUGACACAUUCGAGUCCGAGCGUCCCCUUGGAAGCUCUAAUGAGCCAGAUGACGAAAACGAAGACCAUCGCCGAACAAUGCCUGGACGUACUAUUGCGUCGUUACUCCCAUCUGCAUGUGCCUGGAUCCGAGAAGCCGGGCAUAACAUCAUACUCUUAUCCGAUGUCUCAUGGAAUGAUUGCUCCCACAGUACCAUUGGGACAGGUGGCUUCACCUUUGUCCAGUCGGAGCUAGGUCAACGGGCACCUGGAGGAUUUAGUCCCUGGAGAUGGUUAUACUGGCUUAAGCGGUUACAUCAGAUUGCCGAUGAAGCAUCAAAAGCAGAUGAGAUGCUUCUUGCAGAGCAGGCCGCGAAGGCAAUUGACAUUAUGUUAAGUGACGUUAAGCAGAGGAACUCUCGGAUUCUCAGGGUGUUUGAGGCAGCGGGUGAUGCUGUGACCCAGGAUAAGGAUUUUAUGGGUCUGAAGAGGGAAUGGUAG